AUGACUUUCACACUGAUUGAGUCUGUGUCACCCAACCAGAAAAAGUCAUCAGCAAUGAGGGAGAGUAUAAGGAAGAAGUAUGAGGACAUCCAGAGGGUUCUGGAUGAGGACCUGUGGAUGACUCUAACCCACCUGGAGAUGGAGGAGAGAGCUGCAGUCACAGCCCUGGAGGACCUGAUGGAGAAGAACUGCACCAUCAUUCAGGAGAUAGAGCAGGAUCUGGCCAGGCUCACAGCUGAGCUGGCCCAGAAGGACUUUCUACUGCCUUAUUCACUGGACACUGAGAUAGUUGGCAGAGUGAUAGAUCUGCUGAGCAGGACAGAUCCCAGCAAAGUGAACUUGGAUGAGCCUAAAGCUGACCAGAUCCUCAGCCUCACCAACAACAUGCUGCUACUCAUACGCUCCCAGACCCCCAUCACCAAGAGACUCAUCAAGAGCUAUUCCACAGAGGUUUCCCUGGACCCAGAGACAGCGCACCCUAAACUGAUAAUUUCCCCGCGCGGUGACAGUGCCACCUACACAGACACCUGGCAGGAACUACCAGAGCUCCCGGGCCGCUUUGACACCACCCUCAACGUGAUCAGCCUGCAGGGCUUCAGCUCUGGGCGUCACUACUGGGAGAUAGACGUGGCUGGUAAGACGUACUGGGAGCUGGGCCUCACCUACCCCACCAUCUCCCGCAAGGGCCGAGCUGAGGACUGUUGGCUGGGCCGUGGCUCUGACUCCUGGGCUGUGGAGUUCUUUGAUGGGGAGUACACAGCCUGGCACAGUGGGGUGCCCCACCAGCUGCCUGUCACAAAACACUUCAGCCAUAUUGGGGUGCUAUGUAGUUUCCCAGGGGGCCUGGUGUCUUUCCUGGGGGCGGACAGCAUGACCCCUCUGUUCUCGUUCUGUGCAGGGGCUUUCAGGGACUGUCUCCACCUGGCGUUGUGCUCAGGUCACGAUCACAAUGGUACAAACACCAAACCCAUUGUGAUCUGUAACGCACCUCCACCUCCUAGUGCUUUCCAGAAUGCCCAGGAAUGCUGA